AUGGACCAGAGAGGAUCCGAAUCCCCUCCCUCCGCCCUUGCAUGCGCAUUUGUUUCAUCUGGUCCCUCUGUACCUGCAUCUUACACUGAGAACCCAUCUCAAUCCUCUACUCUCACUGCAUCUGACGUUGAGGCAUUAAUUCAUCAGGUUCUAUCUCGUUCCUCUACUGCCUUGUCCGUCACAUCAGUUGGCCAACUUUGUGAACUAGGUUUGGAGUUGACAUUUUCUAACAAGGGUGUUGAUGUGCAGGAUCCACAGACGGGUCAACUAAUUGGGACCGGCCGUAAGAUUGGAUGUCUUUUUGAGCUUUCAUUCUUGCAAACUCCUACUCACUUAGCAGGUGCUGUCACAACACUCAUUGCCUCUUCCAACUUAUGGCAUGAACGUUUGGGUUAUGCCUCUCUACCACGUGUCCAACUUCUUGCAUCUCAAGAACGCAAACAUCGUCACAUCUUAAACACUGUAAGAGCUCUUCUCAUCUUUGCUUCACUUCCUGAACGCUUUUGGGGUGAGGCUGCUCUCACUGCUAUCUACACGAUUAAUCGUGUGCCUUCCCUGACUAUUCACAACCAAACUCCUUAUGAGCGCUUGUAUGGUAGCACACCUAACUAUUCUUUGCUUCGCGUCUUUGGUUGUAUCUGUUUUGUCACUCUUCCUCCACAUGAGCGUACUAAACUUGAACCCCGCUCUCGCUUGUGUUGCUUCCUUGGUUAUGGCAUCACUCAAAAAUAUAACUCAAGCUCAUUGGACGAACCUUCUACGACUGCUUCUAAUUUGCCUGAUUCGACUACGAAUCCUCCUGCUGCAUCACAUACUCCCAAGCCUUCUCAUGAACUUCGUCGCUCCGAUAGGGUAAGAGCACCACCUACUCAUCUCCAUGAUUAUCAUUGUUUUUCUGUUUUUACUACUAUUCACGAACCUCACUCUUAUCGUGAGGCUAGUGUUGACCCUCUUUGGCAAAAAGCUAUGUCUGAUGAACUAGAUGCCCUUUCUAAAACCCAUACAUGGGACUUGGUGGAUUUGCCUCUUGAGAAGUUUGCAGUGGGAUCAUUACGCCGCCUGAUCCAGGCUUGGUGCACCCAAAACGCCUCCCACGGCAUCGACCGGAUUCCGACGCCGAAGCCACCGCUUGACAAGUUUCAAGUCAUCAAACUCAUCAAACACCUUUCGAAACCUCAGCUCCAGCUGGAAACCGUCAGACAGUUGGAGCUCCUCGCAGCCGGGAGCGAAAGGAACAGGAAUCCUAUGGUGGAAGCCGGCGUGCCGAAAGCCAUGUUGUUGUUUAUUGCCACGUGUUUCAAGAACCAGCAAAUAAACGGCGUUGAAGAAGCUCUCAGCGUGCUCAACUUUAUCCCGGUUCCUUCGGGAGAACUAAAGCAAGAUCUUUCGGAGAAUGAUUGUAUUAUCGAUUCUCUAACGUGGGUUUUAUGUUGUGAGAUGGAAAAUCAUGCGGCAGUGAGAUCCCAUGCGAUGAUCGUGUUGAAAACAAUCAUCAAGCCCGGGAGCUCAAGCGCUGUAUUAGAAACGUUGAAGCCAGAAUUCUUUAAAGCGAUUGUAGGAGUUUUGAGGAGUGGAAAUAUCACUCAAGAAGGAAUUAAUGCUGCUUUGCAUGUGUUGUUAGAGGCAUCUGCUUGGGGAAGAAAUCGAAUAAUGAUGUUGGAAGCUGGCGCAGCAUUUGAGCUCAUUGAACUUGAAUUGGGGUUGCCAGAGAGGAGAACCACCGAGCUCAUUUUAGGAAUACUAUUUCAUCUAUGUUGUUGCGCCGAUGGGAGAGCUCAGUUUCUGAGCCACAGUGGAAGCAUUGCGGUGUUGUCGAAGAGGAUCUUGACGGUUUCAGCGGCGGCGGAUGAUCGGGCGGUUCUGAUCCUUUCAAUGAUUUGUAAGUUCUCUGCAGGGACAUAUCCGGUGCUUCAGGAGAUGUUGAGGGUUGGGGCUGUGGCAAAGCUUUGCUUGCUGCUCCAAAUUGACUGUGCCGCAUACUUGAAAGAGAAAGCAAGGGAAAUCCUGAGAUCUCAUUCGAAGGAGUGGAAGCAUUCUCCUUGCUUUGGUGUUAAUCCUCGAGAGAUCUAUAUCUAAGGUGAAAUGCAUAGAUGAGAUUAUCAUCACCUCCUUCGUCUCUUGUUAUCUAUUAUUAUCUCAU